CAGGUGAAAAGAGUGCUCCAGUAUUUAACUAACAGAGUAGACAAGCUGCAGGAUUUUCUAGAAGACAGUGAUCGUAAUCUCAACUCCAACAUACAGUAUGAGGAAUGGAAGAGGAACAUAAAAACUGUGAGAACUUUGAAAUGAUUAAAAGACAUGCUAGAUAAUAAGCAGAGAGAGUUGAGAAAUGCGGAGAGUUAACUAGAAUUUUAAAACACUUUUCUUUCAUCAUAAACAAUUGUUGCAAUAGAAUGGCUUUCUUCUAGUUCAUAGAGAAAUAGUUUGUUGUUAUCAACUUGUAAGCCCUACAGACGUCCAGUGUUAAAUAGUUAUUGCAGUACAACAUAAUUAUAUGGAGAAACAUUUCAUGUUUUUUUUUUUAAAAGGUCUAAAGACAUCCAUCGAUCAUAAAUUCUGAUAUAUUAAUUUUGGAUUAAUAAUGAGAUAAUGAUAUAAGAUUAAUAGUGAGCAAUGUGUUUACCCAAAAGGUGGUCAACUGGGUUCUGGGCCCUGGUGAGAAGUUGCUGGCUUCUCAGAGUGACAUCGGAGACUCAUACGAAGCAGCAGAAGAACUCAGGAGGAGACACGAGGAGAUGGAGAUCAAGUGUACUGUAAGUUUUUUUAAAAACUUAACAAUCUUUGUGCAUCUUGACCAGGUCUUCGAGAGCAAACUGCAUUUUUUCCUACAUGGAAAGAAAUAUGUGUUAUUUCCCUUAGCCUAAAAUUGUAUGAAAUACGCAGGUCGGUUUUUGUCAAAAUUGAAAUGUCAAAAUAAAUUGCUUUUUAUUCAUAUAAGUAUAUUUAACAUGUUAAAAUACCAAUUAUAAGCAUUAUCUUUACAUUAGGGUUCUGUUUGGUAAAUAAAAAAUAUUUUGAUCAUAAAUAACUUCAUUUAUAAUUUUUUUUUUUUAAAUGGACCUAAAAAUUGAUAAAACAACUUUUUUUUCCCCCUCUUUCGGAAAAUUAAGUUAUGGUAUAAACAUUUUUGUUUCUAUCUGCUAUGUGGAAUUUUUUACUUACCUUAGGACACAUAUGGACAAUAUGCUGAACUGAGACAUAAGGCUGAAGAAAUCAUCAAGGAGGGCCUGUCGGCAGUGGAUGACCUGAAGGCAGAGAGGGAUUACAUGGACACUGUAUGCAGGAGUUUUGCCUCCAGGCUGGAAAGGAGGAGGACUUUGCUCAUCACUUCUGUUAGGUUUCACAGAUUUGCUGAAGAUGUGAGAAAACUAAAUCUUUAGAUUAAUUAGUUUUAUCUAGUGUCACAGUCAUUUAAUAGGUUUUAAAGGUUUGCUGAAGAUUUGAGGAAACUAAUUUUUUAGAUCAAUUAGUUUCAUCUCAUAUAACAUCUAAUAGGUUUUAAAGGUUUGCUGAAGAUCUGGGAUUUCUACAUUUUUAGAUUAAUUAGUUUAAUCUCAUAUAUCAGAUUUUAAAGAUUUGCUGGAAAUUUGAGAGAACUAAAUUGUUAGAUUAAUGAGUUUCAUCUCAUAUCUGAUAGGUUUCAAAGGUUUGCUGAAGAUGUCAUCUACAAAGUUCUUAAUUCUAGACAAAUUGUUUCUCUCAUUCCAAUUUUUUAGAUAAAAUCAAAAGAAAAAAUUAUCUAAUUAAACACAUUUAAUAAGUAAUUGUUUCUAAGGAUCAAAUUUUUUGGACAAUAUUAUUGAUAUUUAAAAAAAAAAAAUCUAUCACAUAAAGUAAGCAGAUUUUUUCCUUAAGUAAUACUUGCUCAUCCUCUUGGUUUAUUAUUUUCUCUUCGUUGAUGAAACAUCUCAAACUUUAAACUUAAAUUCUUUAAAAGUCAUCUGCCUGCUGUGAAAACUAUUUGUGUUCUCUGUUCUCCUGUCAGUUCUCUCAGUGCCUAGAUGAACUUCUGGAACUUUUGUGUAGUGAGGUGGUGGCGGAGACUGUGGAGAGUGUGGAGGAGGCCAUGAAAAACUUACAGGACAGAUGUGAUGCCUGUGGUGAGAAUUGACCAGUGAUGUAACAUGAAUGAAGUGCAUGUCACAGAGCGAAUGAAAGGCAGAAUUACAUUAUCUGUGCUUUGCAAAUGUUUUCAAAUUAAAUCACUCAAUGAAAUGAUAGUUUGAUUGGUUAAACUUUGCUGUUUUUCAGCCCUUCAUUUUUUAUCAAGGAAUGCAGCGAAUCGAAUUAAUAACAAAUUAAAAAUAUUCUAGUUUACUACAUAACAUGUUGUAAUUAUUUCACAGUUUUUAAACACUUUUCCCAAAGAUUUCACAUGAGAGAGGCGCUGAUAUUAUUUUGAUUAAAAUUUCAUUAAGAUAAAGAGAUGAGGUCAUUUUGUGAAAGCUAUAAAUUUCUAACUGAUAUUAUUUUGAUUAAAAUUUCAUUAAGAUAAAGAGACGAGGUCAUUUUGUGAAAGCUAUAAAUUUCUAACUGCGCCAAGAAAUAAUUUAUGUUAACAUUAAAGUGACCUCCUCAUAUUACAAGAAAUAAUUUAUUUUCACAUUUAGUUCUACUCCUCAUAUUACAAUAAUUUUUUUUUUCCCAUUUAGUCGUCCUCAUAUUACAAUAUUUUUUUUUUCACAUUUAGUUGACCUCCUCAUAUUACCAUAUAUUGUUGCCAAAUUUUAUAUAUAUUUAUACAAAUGUUUUUUAUGCAAAGAUAUACAGAUUAUAUUUUUCCAUAUCAGACAAAGUGGCCCAGGAAAGCUUAAAUGAUGGCCAGAGCUUGCUAGAUGAAAUGUCCCGUCCCAUUAAAAACGCCUUUGGUAAAGACAUCACGCCCGACUACGCCAACAAAAUCAAGUACAUCAACAAGAAGCUUGAGGAGCUGCAGGAGAGGAAAAUGAGAUGUGAUGAGCUGGCGGAUGUCAGGAAGCUCAAACUACAGCAGCUCUUACAGCUGAGGACCUGUGAGAGAGAUACAGACCAGGUGGGUCUGCCGCUGAUGGUGUCAACCACAGCGAAUUGUGGUGUUGACACUCAGUGACUUGUGUCGAGAUAUGUCUGUAAAACAAGGGGUUUUUAGGGAAAUGACAAUUUAGUUGUUGACAUUGUUAUUGUUAGUUUUCUGGGAGGAGUUCAUGGUUUAUCCAGAUGUGACAGUGACUGAAUCCAUUGGUGGAUUUAUUAGGAUGUGGAGUAGCUUCUUGAUUUAUUUAGUUUUUCCAUGGGAUAUGAAUGUUUAGAGGUAAAACACCUCAAAAGUCAACAAAAAUAAAAAAUUCAUUCUGAAUCUCCCACUGGCUUAAGUACAUGGCUUGAACUUUGCUAUAUAUUCAUAUAUACUUAAAUGUCAUGCACAAUAAUUAGUUAUACAGACCAGCUUAAAACAGUUUGACUUUUUUUAAACAUAUUAUAAUUAAAAAUAUACAUUUGCUAAUUCGAAUAAGUGUUAUCUGUUCUGAGGUGUAACAUUUUAUCCAUGUCAAAAUGACUAUUCCAAAAAAAAAAUUGCAUUGAACAGGCCAUAGAUUGGAUCAACGAGCUGUGUGAUGUCAUGGUGAGCACUCACACUGACCUGGGCAGAAGUCCUGAAGAAGCUGAUUCAUUGCAUGAGGAACACAAACAGUUUGAGGCAACUGCUCUUGUGAGUAUUAAUAAACAUCUUAUGAGUAGUGAUAGCGAUAAACUUCAUGUGAGUUUGUAUGGACAGAGAUAACUUCUUGGUUGUGUUGUGUUAAGAGUUAUGGCCCUGGGGCAGUUCAAGUUGUGUGUUCAACCCAGGGACAAAAGGAGGCAGCCCUAAAAGUAAAAACAGUAAAAAUUGUAACAUAUUUAAUCAUUAUGGGGUUGCAUUUUCCAAGGCAGUCGCUAGAUCUAGUGAUCUUUUUAUUUAAUUUCGAAAAAAAAAAAUAGUUGAAUAAUCAACUAAAAUUUUUGUUUUUUUUUAAUGAAAUAUUGGGGAAAAUGUUGGGGAUAAUUUUGGGUAUAAUGGGGAUAAUGUUGGGAAUAAUUGGAAUAAUGUAAUGUUGGCGAAAAUGUUGGGUCUAAUUUUGGGUAUAAUGGGGAUAAUGUUGGGAAUAAUUGUAAUAAUGUUGGGGGAAAAUGUUGGGGAUUAUGUGAAUACUGUUGGGGAUAAAUAUAAUAAAAGUCCUGGAAGAACAAACAAAAAAAGAAAACUGGUAAUAGUAUGAUCUCAGUUAUGCCAUAAUUUAUUUUUACAUUUAUUUUUCUGUUAAAGAUUGCUGAGAGAAGUUCCUGUGUUCUUGGCUUUAAAGAUUAUUGUACAUUUGUUUAUCUAUUUAAGUUUAAAUGCACCAACCACCCAUAGCAAGUCAUGAGGUGAUCUUAUCAUUAUUCCUUAUCUUGUCUAGGGGAUGUAUGAGUAUGGUAAACACAAUAUUCCCUAUCUUGUCUAGGGGACGUAUGAGUGUGGUAAACACAAUAUUCCCUAUCUUGUCUAGGGGAUAUAUGAGAAUGGUAAACACAAUAUUCCCUAUCUUGUCAAGUGGAUGUAUGAGUAUGGUAAACACAAUAUUCCCUAUCUGGUCUAGGGGACGUUUGAGUAUGGUAAACACAAUAUUCCCUAUCUUGUCUAGGGGACGUAUGAGAAUGGUAAACACAAUAUUCCCUAUCUUGUCCAAGGGACGUAUGAGUAUGGUAAACACAAUAUUCCCUAUCUUGUCUAGGGGACGUAUGAGAAUGGUAAACACAAUAUUCCCUAUCUUGUCUAGGGGACGUAUGAGUAUGGUAAACAGCUCCUGCAGGCCGCCCUUGUGUUACGUCGCUCCUUGAGACAGGACAUUGAACCCAACCAUGACAGGGCCAGAAGGUUGGAGGAAGCAUGGAAGAGGUUCUCCCAAGGAACCAGUGAAAGAGCCAAUCGUCUGACAGUCUCUGCCAUGUUCUUGAAUGAAUCCGAUAAGGUCAAGGACUAA